GUCGGUUAUCUGCACUAUUACACGCAGGGUCUCUCGCUUCGACGAACCAGCGGAACUCCCGGCUCUUUUCCCAGCAUCUGCCAUCGGACACCGCGGAUAUAGCAGCCAGUCAUAUUCAAUCGCGAACAACGUGCUGCAUCGCAACAUUGUACUUGGGAUAACAUCUGAAGUACUCUGUGCCACAGGCCUCAUCGGUGAUAUUUGAGGGUUCCAUCAGAAUCAACGUCAUCGGCAACACUAGGCUCGGUCCACUACCAAGGAAUUAGCUGAAAGCUUCGACGCCCUGAACAAGUCCAUUUUCUUGAGCAUAUAAGGACAAUUGAGGACCCUGAUACCAGACUAUAAACCUUGAUCUGCAUCUUAGCCACAGCACAAACAAAUCAGCGUUCGCACAGCAGCUGCUAAAAGCCACCAUGGCUACCAGACGCAGCGAGGAAAACUCGAUCCGCGACUACGGGGUCGCUGCACCUCACGGGCCGAACAUGACUGGCCACCACGUUGCUACACAGGACGUUGACAUCCGUGCCGACAUGACCUCCAACGAGGCGGAUGUUUUCCAUGCUCUUCUUCACCCGGACGAUCUUUACGAUGCAAAUGGCACUUACUGGGCUGACAUGCCUCUUGGUCAGCGCGUCAAGUUUGUGACUAACGUCGACAAGGAAGAAGCUAAGAGGGAAUUUGGUGAACUCUGGCAGAUGUUCAAGAAAGAUCCUCUCAGCCCUGUCAGCGCAUACUUCAGGAACUACGUGAUUCCUGGUGCUGGUCUUGGUCUCGAAGGUUACGUCCUCUUCUCCAUUGGUAACGUCAGGCCUCUUCUGCAAGCUUCUUUCCCCAGGUGUUGGAAAACAUUCGAUAUCUGCAACGAAAUCUGGACGCAAGCUAUCGACUACCUUGAGAUUUGCGGUAUUAUUGUUGGUCAAAUCCUCGUUGGUGUCAUCGGUGACUGGUUGGGCCGUCGCCACGGUCUCAUCCAGGAUGCUAUCAUCAUGUUCGUUGGUCUUCUUAUGCUUACCGCCGCCUGGGGUGUCACUCAGAACGGCUGGGUCAUCUGCUACGUUUGGUCUCUCUUCUUCUACGGUAUCGGUGUCGGUGGCGAGUAUCCCAUGACUGCGACUGCAGGUAUGGAGAACGCUGUUGGAUCCGGUAAGGUUUCGACAAAGGAGGAUCGUCUGCACCGUGGUCGCAAGGUCACUGGUGCCUUCUUGAUGCAGGGUUGGGGCCAGUUCUUCAACCAGGUCAUUUUGAUCGUUUUGCUCCUGAUCUUCCACUCUGGAUCCGCACCUCCCUACUCGAAGAAGGUCACUCAAUGGACGUACCGCGUCUCGUUCGCCAUCCCCGCUGUCGGUACUCUUUGGCUCGUCUACUUCCGUUACUUCAAGAUGAAAUCAGCAUCCAAGCAGCUUCAGCUCGCUAAGAAGAAGGCACACGUUACCGGUUACGACGUUGCUUCUCUGAAGCUGACCUUCAGCUACUUCGGACCCCGCCUAGUUGCUACCGCCGGUACCUGGUUUGCCAACGAUGUAUUUUUCUACGGCAACAAGCUCUUCCAAUCUGAGUUCAUCAAGGUCAUCACUCCCGGUAACAACUCGGUCAUGGUCGGUUGGCUCUACAAUUUGAUCAACGUUGGUGUUUCUCUGUGCGGAUACUACCUUGCCUCCUUGAUGAUUGACAACAAGCUGUACGGACGUAAGUGGAUGAUGAUCAUCGGUUUCAUGGCCGACUUCAUCCUCUUCAUCAUCCCUGCCUUCCACUUCGAGUACUUCACGCGCCCCGAGCACGUCCACGCUUUCCAGGCCAUGUACUUCCUGUCCUCGUUCUUCAACCAGUUCGGACCCAACUCUGUCUCUUUCCUGGUUGCCGCCGAGGUGUUUCCCACACCCGUCCGUGCCACUGCCCACGGUUUCUCGGCUGCUGCCGGUAAGGCUGGAGCUCUGCUCGCCUCCAUUCUGUACAACUAUAUUGACACCCAGACCAAAUUCUACUUCGUUCCCUGGUUUGGUCUUGUCGGUGCUCUCCUGACUUGGGUCUUCCUGCCCGACACAACCGGUCUCGACCUCAAGGAGCAGGAGCGCCGAUGGGCAUGCAUUCGUGCCGGUCGCGAGCACGACUACCACGGUAUCGCCAUCCACUGGAAGCACCUUUCUUGGUGGGAGCGCAUGCGCGGCCAGCACAAGGGCUACGAUGCCAAGUUGGACUACGAGGAGAAGAUCAAGGAGAUGCGCGCCGAAUGGGUUGAGCGCCAGCAGCACAACUUCUCCGAGAAGAAGGGCUGGGAAGAGGCCGAGCACGAUGACCACUUCGGCGCUGAGAUCCACAACUACUUCAGGCGUACGACUAAUGGAAACGGUCAGAUUUCCUCUGGCCUGUUGCAGCCUGGGAUUUCGGAGAAGAGAGCUGAUGGCAGCGAGUCUGGUACUAGCGACGAGAUUACGAGAGAGAAGUAGAAUGCUCUGCUUGUAAGGUUUUUGCAUAUUUAGGAGUACUAGGAAAAGACACCACCACAUCACUAGAUUAAUAAGAUCAUUUCAAUCCAACGCACCG